UGGCCGAGCAGGGCGGCAGAGCGGCAGUCAACUCACGCCAUUUUGGAUGAUCGCGAGAAGGGAAGGCUGAAAAGCAGCCAAGAAAUCGUAUAAUAUCCUCACCAUCCGAGGAUUUUACUAACAAUGGAGAACUCUUACGGCAUAGGGGUUCGUAACCGUUACGAACUGUUCUACGAUGAAGACGUUGACCCGAUGGAUCUUAUAAAGCAGACGGAAAAGAUAAAGGAUAAGAGCUCCGAGAAGGAAAACAAGGGAAAGACCGCUAAGGCCAAGGCUCCCGCCGCCACCAAGAAGGGCACCAAGACCGAGCCCGCCUCAAAGGCCGCCGACAAGACCAGCGCCCCAGUUGCUGUAACUCGAUCCAGCUCAAGUUGGUCUGGCUCUGAAGCUCCUGAGGAAACUAAGUUGCCCCAGCAGCGAGGACCAAGGCCCAGCGAUGGAAGAGUCAAGUUUUCUGACCGUGAGGAACGUAACAACCGACGCAACCGCCAGGAAGGAGGGGAAUACAGAGAAGGUCCUCCACCCCCAAGAUUUGAUGGUGAAGGCCGUGGUGGAGGCAGUGGUGGAAUGGGCCGAGGGCGUGCCCGUGGCAUGGGACGUGGCCGUGGCAGAGGACGUGGUGGUCCCGGUGGGAUCCCUGGGGGCAUGGACAACCGGGGCAAGAGGGAAUUUGACCGGCAGAGUGGAAUGGCAACUACUGGGGUGAAGCCUAUGGACAAGCGUGAGGGAUCUGGUUCUUUCAACUGGGGCUCUGACCGGGACCAGAUUGAGGAGCAGUUGAAUGCCACUCCAAAUGAACUUGACACAUCUGCUGAGACUCCAGAGAAGGCCCCAGAAGAAGGUGCAGCCCCAGCUGAAGGUGAAGAGGUUGCUAAAGAAGAUGACAAUGCCAAGGAAAUGACACUGGACGAAUGGAAGGCCAUGCAAGGCACCCGAAACAAACCCUCUUUCAACAUCCGUCGGGCUGGAGAGGGGGAGAAUCAGGCACAGUGGAAGAAGACUUACGUCCUCAAGAAGAAGAUUGAAGACUCUGAUGAAGAGGAGGAGGAGGAAGAGGAAGAAGAAGUACAUCAUGGGCGCAAGAAAGUUCUGCUUCCCAUUGACUUCCAGUUUGCCGACUCCCCUGGGCGUGGCAGGGGCCGUGGCCGUGGCAGAGGUGGACCAGGACGUGGGCGUGGGGGAGAGAUGCGUGGGGGUCGUGGUGGUGGUGGUGACCGUGGAGAACGCGGUGACCGUGGGGAGCGUGGAGAGCGUGGAGGACGCGGAGGUGAGCGCGGCAGCCGUGGUGGCCCAGGCUCCCGAGGCGGCCGUGGAGCACCCCGCCAGCAGGAAGCUCCCAAGAUGGAUGAUGAGAGGGAUUUCCCCAGCCUGGGAUAAGAUCUUUCUCCCCCAUGUUCUGCCCCAGAGGGAGAAGGCCCCUAGGCCUGCUCCAGCUAGUCUGGCAGCACUGGCCUGGCCCUCACACCGGCUUGUGUCGGAAGGUUAGGGAUCCCUGUGCGUAAGAGUUCUCCAUUGUUCCAUAUCUCAUCGAGCAUCAUUCUUAAACAUGGCAAGUUUUCUCCUGUACCAGAGUGCUGACAGGGAGUUCUGGUGGUGUGACUGACAAGAUCUCUUCACGAACUUUUAAUUAUAUCCACGUUCGGUACAAGAAACGACCAGUUCAAGUUUUUCGUCAGGGAAGUGGUUGAGGCUUGUGACCCUUGUUAUACCUUCCUGUUGUGGAGACUCUGGAGAGUGUUAAUGCUCAAAAGAUAAUUUCCAUUAAUAAGGAAUCCUAAAUGUCACUAAAAGAUUUUGUUGUAAAUAUUGAUGAAGCUGUCAGGUGGGUGCAGGGUAGUGAUGGUUGUAUGCAUGAGGGAGUGUAUGUACUGCUGCCCUCACUACCCCGGCGGAGGCUUGCCACGCUUUUUGUACUGGAUACUGAUUAACAAAUAGUUGAAUAAAAACAAAACAUCUCUA